UAAAUAUGAUAUUUCUAUUGUGAGUCCGCAGUCGUCCGCGUGUUCAGUGCAGGCCCAAGCAUUUAAAAACCAAUUUAAUGGGAAAUUCAUUGCUGGCAAUAUUGUUGGUGAGCGCAUUAUGCGUGGUGCAGCCAACACGCGCGGAGCGACUGUGCCUGACCGGGAGCUUCGACCAUCAGGUGAAGACGCUGCUUGACUACGUCAAACUAUCAGAUGAGCAGCUUAGCAACAUUUUGCAGGUACCCAGGGACUUGGAGCGCGUGUUUGAAGACCACUGGCCCGGCUGUAAAGUAAUGCCAUAUGGGUCGACCAUAACUGGACUCGCUCUACAGUCGAGCGAUAUCGACUGUUACGUGGACAUACCAGGCGAGCACAACGAGAAUCCACAGGUUCUAGUAGCCGAGGCGCUGGAGAUUUUAAAGAACCACCCAGAUCUAUUCACGCAUUUCGAAAUAAGGCCGACGGCUCGCGUUCCGCUGCUAAAAUGCGUACACAUUCCCACCAAUGUUUUUGUCGACAUUACUUUUUCUGGUCCUUUCUCCAUCAACAGCAGCCGUGUAUUGUCUCACCUUCUGCAUUUAGACGAAAGAGGCUUAGAGUUAGCUAGGAUCCUCAAGUAUUGGGGCUCGGUGCACGACAUAGCUAACGGAAAACUAACGCUGCCGAGCUAUGCGAUGGCGCUGUUGGCUGUGUUUUAUCUACAACAAAAGAAUAUCGUACCGCCCGUUACCUUGCUACAACAGAAUGCGACUCCCUACGAAAUUGACCACUGGAACACUGCUUUCCUGCCCCUAGAAUAUCACACGGAUAACAAGGAGUCCCUCUACGAGCUGUUGGGAGGAUUCUUUCAAUAUUACAACGACUUCGAUUUUGAAAAUACCAUCAUAUCACCGUACCUUGGUUAUCCCAUAAAAAAAGAUUUUCAAGACUUAGAUAAAUUUGACGACUUUGAUUUAUACAAACGUAAUUUAGAAAAUGGCUACGCGGCGCCGUUUUAUUUCGGAUAUAUGAAUAUACAGGACACUCUGAAACACAGUGAGAAUAUUGCGAGACCUAACAGCGACCGCUGGCUCGCCCUCAGGCUGAUACGGCAUUUGAGAGCUGCGGCGAGUAUGUACCAAGAACUCAGCAGUGAAGAAUUCCUCAGUGCUGUGUUAGUGCCCGAGAAAAGGCUCGAAGCCGGCAAAUUGACCACGUUUUGGGAGGGAGGUAUUGGUGGUCCGGAAGACUGCCCGAAGAUAUUUCAGGAGAAAAUAAGAUGACACCAAAUUAUCAUGACAAAAGAUCCAGUUACAUUUAAGAGAGUAAAGUAUUAUUAAGAAUUCUUGUUGACUCUGUGUUCGAUGUUCGUUUUUUAUUAUACUGUAUGAAUAGUUUCUGAUUUUAGGGCUUGUUUCACAAUUUCUAAAUAAAUGCUCCUCCUCCUGUCACGACUCACUACUGACGUACUGUUUAUUCAGAUGCUACACACGCGCAACAUGUGAAUUGGUUGUAUGUGGCAACUUUAGAUUAUAAUCUAUAGCCCAAUAUAAUUUACUUGAAACUUAUGAAAGCAGGCCCUAAUUUCUUUCGGUUUAUAGAAUACUGCCUAUAUUGUUUCAAAUUAAAUGUUAUGCUAGGGCGAAUAAUCUGAUCUGAAUGCUAGAAUUUAAAAUUAUGCAUUUAUAUUUAAUUUGGUUGACUUGUAAUGUAUAUCGUCCCAGUGAAAAUAAUAAAAUAACGGACCCAAGACUGGUAUUUCUAAGUGUCAGUAUUGUAUUUUUGAAAAUGUAUAGUUUUAGUUACUACUCGAAUUGUCGACAUUGUAAACAUAUUAAAAUUUCUAUUAUACAAAAUUAUAAAAUGAAUACAUAGUAA